CUUUUCUAAAAACGAUUUCACAAUUUGUUUAUUUUCUCCUCCAAUGACGUCAGAGCAGACGAUUCUUCUCGAAAAAUUCUGCUUAUGUUUACUGAUCAUUAAAGAAAAUAACGAUAGAUUUUUAAUUAAGAAUAGAACAUAGCCUUCAUUUUUUUUUAAAAAAAGUUCAAACUAAACGUUAUAAUGCUCGAGAAUUGCGACCUUGAAAUAUAAAUUAAAAAAUAUUUAUCAAAAUCUUGCUCCUGAUGAUAAAUAAUAUUUGAUAGAAAUCAGCAAUAUAAUGUAACCUUUAUCAAUAAUUUUUAGGAUUCACUUCCUUUUAGCACAUUAAUUUAAAAAGACAAAUUUUUCUCAUCCCUUUUUCAUUUUUUCCUGUUAUUUGCAGCCAAUCCUUUAACGGAACGAUUUUCUUUGCAUUAAAGUUAUAUUAGUGUUAAGAAAAUUGUUUAAUUUUAGUUUAUUAAGAAUUUAUUUCGCAGUUCAAAAAAAGAAAUUCAUAUUGUAGGUGGAGUGAAAGAAAAACUGUCCUUUUACUGCCGUACCCCUUACCUCCAUCACUCUUCCCCUCCGGUAUCAUACUCGCCAUGUUUUGUUACGUUACAGGCGAGUAUUGAGUUUCCUGAUAUAUAAUUUCUUAUUAUUCAAUUAAUAUUUCAAUAUGGGUCAAAAAUGACCCAUGUAUCGGAUAUAACUAAUGGAGCGAGCCUUGAAGAUUGUCAUACUAAUUUCUUUGCACUGGCUGAUCUUAAUGGUAUCAGAUGGAGACGAUUGUCCUGUAAUGCUCUCUCUGUAGACCCAUUAGAAGAUCCAAUUUUAACAUCUUACAGUCAGUGCCUAACUGCUGGAAUUCUGUCUGUGUGGAGAAGAAUACAGGUACAAAAAUCUGGAGGAAUUUCCCUUUCUCAUGAUACAAGCACCUUGUCAUAUCAGAAGGAACUCUGGAUAUUCUGGUACGGUUCAGAACCAGACUUUUCCAAAGUUGUUGAGCCCUCUCUCAGUGAGGCUGAACGCGGCUCAUGGGAAAUUGGUUUGUCAUAUGAGUGUCGCACUCUCCUGUUCAAAGCAUUGCACAAUUUAAUUGAAAGGAGCCUUCUAUCACGAGGUUAUACCCGCCUUGGAAAAUUCUUCGUAGAACCUCAAACUAUUCCAACCACCGAAAACAAUAAAAAACAAAUUGCCUUUGCCCUACAUUUCUUCAUCCAUGGUGACAGUACUGUUUGUGCCAGUGUAGAUGCAAGAUUCACUUCUUCUAUAUAUCUGCUAGACAAGUGUCACGUGACAGCAGCACAAGCAGGCCAAAAAAAUGUGCAAGUGAUUCUGAGUCCAUAUGGUCUAGAAGGGAAACUGACUGGCGUCGGUUACAAAUACAGUGAUCCAAACAUGGCUCGAUUUAUGAAUAAUUGGCACAUGUUUUAUCCUCAUCCUCAUAGAAAAAAUAGAAAACCCAUUGACACUGAAGUGCCUAACAUUGUUGAAGUGUUAAUUGGUGGGGUGCGGAUGAAAUAUCCCACGCCAUACGUGUUUGUGACAGCAGAAGACCACGAAGAAAUCUUUCCUUACUCAGAGCAAUCCAGUUGGAUAGAAUCUCGGGGCACCCAUUUACGUACUGUUUCAAAGGCAAAUGUCUUGCCCACUCCUGGGCUUCUGACUCCUCCCAUGUCUCCUACAGAAAACCACUCCUCUGGAGAUUUCAUCCCCAGAUCAGCAGAAGGCUCUGCAAAGCGUAGAGAGUGUUUAGGAGGUGUUCCUAGAAAUGGUGUUUCUCAGUUGGUGCAGUAUUCAGUUUCACAGGAUGCAGCUAUUUCAUCAAUUCCUAAUAAAUCAAACGACAGUCCACCUUUGUGGGAUUAUCAAGAUGUUUUGAUGGAUACGUCCAAUUGUUCAAAGAGACACAGUAAAGCUUGGAAAAGAUCAGCUGGUUGUGCAUCCAAUACGGGUUUUUCUAAUACUAUUGGUACAAAUACCCAGAGCUUUACAAGUGAUGAACUUUCUUAUUUUUACCGCCUAGGCGUCCCUUUCCACAGGCGUAAACCGGAAUCGAGCAGCGUCGAGGAGUCUGCUGUAGCUCCCAAAAACAAUUCACAAAAGAACUCUGUCGAUUUCAAAGGCCAUACUGUAACCAGUUUGCCUCAACUUCAUACGCCUUUCUCCCAAGUGAAGAAGGAGUCUCUUACUGUUACUGGGGAGUUGUGUUACUCCUAUUCGUCUUCCUCAGACCCCAUCAUGCCUACCCUCUCCCCACAGCCUCCUGUGGCCAAGGAAUUCUAUUCCCAGGACAGUGGGGACGAUGGUCUCUCUAGUCUGAAUCCAGACCCCACUCAGUUUGUUGUGUUGAAAGCAAAAGUGACUGAGGAACAUCUCACUCCUUUCCACACUUCUCUUCUGGAUUCUUUUGAGGCCAAAGUAAAUGAGAAGGAGUCAGCAGCCAUGUACGAUGCUGAUCGAAAUGAAACCACGUGUGCCAUCCUUGCCCUUGAGGACAGAGCUGGAGAUGUAUUAGAAAAGCCACAACUGUCUAAGAGGCCUCACGAAGAAACUGACAAUUCAUGUGUUCCCAUGUCUGGUCCUCUCUACGAUUACAGGCAUCUCAACAGCACCUUAUGGCAACACCCUAAUGCCAAAAGAAAGUGUCUUUCAAGUCUGCCAAAUCUUCCUGACUUCAUCAAGGUUGAACCGGAUGAAACUUUCUGUGAUAUCGAGAGAAACAACGUAUACGAGUUCGACGAAAACGUGCCUUGCACUCCCAGAGAUCCCUACGAAUUCACUGAAUUUGAUGAAACGGCACCCUCUGGUAAAGGAUUUCGACACAAGAUUGAAAAAGAUGAAAAAUUCAGUUUACCGAGUAUACCGUCUCCACUUUCUAUUCCAACUCCCAUCACUCCCAUCCCAGAGAUGCCUUCUCAGAUGUCAGAAGAUGUAGAGCAGACACUGUCUCCAGCUGCCUCCAAAUCAUGUGGACCAAAGUUCAUACGUGAAGAAGACUUAGCCGUCUCCUUACACGAUCUGGACAACAUUUUUGAUACUUCUUCCUCUGAUGGAGAAGAUAAUGUGGAAAUGCCUCAUACUCCUUCAAAACUUAUUUCUUUUGAUGAAUAUUCAGGAAAAAUAGAGCUGUUGAGAAUGUACCCAACUCCGCCUUCUCUGGAACAAAAUGCAGUGCCUUCACCCUAUGGUCCUCAGGUAGGAACUGAAAGUGCCACAGUUGAUUUCGGUGAUGCCUUAAAAGAGGAGGAGGACCACAGCAUUUUCCCUUUCCAAAUCGAAGAAGUGGAUGUGUGGAAUCCUCCUCUAAUUCACACAUUUCUUGAAUCUUCUAAAUAUGAUGCCUUAACUACAUGGCCUUUUCAUAACUAUGCACUAGACGAACACUUAGUUUACAAACCAUCGUGGUCAACAAAAGCUCCUCUUCAAGAUGAUCACAUAGAAAAUCAUCAUGCCUCUUCAUAUAAUCACUCACCUGUGCCAUACGAUGACCAAAACAGCAACUUUUACUCUCAAGAAAACACUUAUGACUCUCGUUUAAUCUUACCAAAUUGUGAAGCCGUCUCUCCGGCCUCUAGCACACCCUCUUACCUCAACAGAAACCUCCACUCUAUAGGCCCCAACUCUGCCAUUGAAGUACACCCCUUGAUUGUCAACAUCCUGCUGUCAGAUUCACUGCUCAACGUAUACAAGGAUCAUAAUUUUGAUUCUUGUUGCCUUUGCGUGUGUAACAUGAACAUCCGAGGCUCGGACGCCGGCAUCAACUUGCCCAACACGCUGAUACCGACGUGGAAUGACGAACCACAAUACAAGUGUACGUGUGCUUUUAGUGCUGUCAUUCACCGCCAUAAGAGUUCCGAUUCGGGACUAUUUUACGAGGACGAGUUGGAAGUGACCGGUUCGGCCUCGGACAGCGUGGAGUACUCGUCUGUGACUCGAGGUCACGACAGGGAGUCCCGUGGUGGACGUUCUCACUUGGAGAGUAUGUCUCCAUUUAUUAUAGACCUUCUCCAGAUUCAAUGCAAAUCAUUUACUUCUGCAUUCAGCCUGUUCCACAAGUUCAAUUUGUCUGAGAAAAAGGAAGCUCCCAGCAGAAACAAUAUAGAGCUUCUAGAUGGAUGUGAAGUGUGUUUCCUUGCUUUGGAAGAAGCUAAGAUGUAUGUAGAGAAUAACAUGUUGCCAUGUAAGCUUGAUGAAAGUAUGAAGUACUCUUGCCUACACAAGUGGCCUUAUAAGUCUAGUCCUUUACCCCAUUCAAGUCAUGAAAUGAUGCUCCACUUGGACAGUUUGAAGCCACUCCUACAGUUAGCUGUCCACAAGAAAAACAAUCAACGUCUAUGGGAUGUGACGUACGUUGUGUCUGGCCCUCUCACAUGGAGAGAAUUCCACAGAUUAGCUGCACGAGGUACUGAAGAUCAGUGUGAGCCCCAACCAAUUCCAUCUCUGCUUAUGGGUUAUGCAGGAGAACAAAUAGCCCUUUCACCCUUUGCAUGUAAUUAUUGGCACAAAUUGAAACUGGAACCACACUCUAUGCAAAGAGAUGUGGCCUAUAUUGUUGUGGCACCCGAGCACGAAUCUAAGCUCAUGCUUAUCAAAAGCUUCUUCCAGGAGCUGCGUUGUGCUUACGAAUCUCACAAUCUGGGAAAACACAGGCCAAUUACUCAAGCGCUCAGGGAUGGCAUCAUGCGUGUGGGGAAAGUGGCAGUCUCUAAAGUGGCAGAGGAACCCAUCAGCAAUUGGUUCAACCUACUGGAAAACACUGAUAUUGCAAACAAACUGAAAAUAUAUGCUCGUGUUUGCAAACACAGAUUAGGUAAAUUCCUUCGUCGUAUAGCUCCCCACCUUGGGCAACUCUCGCUUGAUGAUUCUCUCUUCAAACAUGUUGUAUCCGAUUCAUCAGACAGUUACACCUUUCCACAAUCUUCAUAUUACUCGGACACUUGUGAUCCUUCUGGAACUCCCAAAUACUCAGAUGCUGAACAUUCAACUCCAGAAUCUCAAAGCAAGAGCCAAGAUCACAUGACUGGUGAGAGUCACGAAGUACCUGCUAUUGUUAUCUACAUGGUCGAUCCUUUCCUUAAAGAAUCUGACCCUGAAGUGCAAAAAAUGAUCACUCUCGGAUUGGUGCAAUCCUAUGCUGACAUGCUCUCUGUACUCCCAGAAGAAAUAAAGAAUGCUAUGCAUUUACAGCUUAUUGAUUUGAACUCCAUUGUGGCAAGGACAGAGAAAUGUAAGUGGAAGGAUCAGAUAAAGAAUCUUGCCUUCUCUGUUUACUCCCAAACCUUUGAAACUUCCCCACAGCGACCCAACGUUAAAUCCUUAACUGGAUUUGGACCUGCUGCUGCAAGGGAUGCCUUCUUGAACAAAAAUAACAAAGGGAACUCUCCUCUUAUAAUUUACAAACAACCCUACAUCCUGGCAUCAUUGAAGGACAAACAGAAGGAGUUGGUAGAGAUGUUUGGUGACCGGAGAGAGAAUUGUGGCAUCCUCUACUGUACAUACUGCUUAACCAAAGAUAGGAAAUAUUUGCUCACCUGCUGUACAAACGAUAGAGGAGAAUUCAUGGAGACCAACAUAAUCAACAUUGGAAUACCCAACAGGCAUCGUAGAAAACAAGCAUCCGUUCGAAGAUUCGGGCUGCGAAAGCUGCUGGACUUCAUCUUAGACCUCAUUGCUCCCUCCAACCAUCCUUGGCGCAUCGUCAUUGAUCGCUUUGGGCGUUUGGGUCAUGGCGAACUGAAAGCUUGGGCGUCUCUUUUGAGUAGAAGAUCCCUGCACUCUUACUCUAAGAAACUGCGAGAGCUCUGUCAUCAGUGCAGCAUCUCAGCAAUUGGGGAGACCCCUUCCAUCCUCUCAGCAUGCCUCGUGUCUUUUGGACCGGAUUCGGCUUUGAGGAUAGUGUCUGACCAGUUUACCUUUGAUGAGCGAUUCUGUAACAGCCGUUCUAAAAAGUGUAAUCUGAGCACGCCUGAAGAUGCCACCUGUACUCACAUUCUUGUAUUUCCUACGUCUGCCACCACCCAGUCUUCUCAAGCAACUUUUCAACAAGAGCACAUAGAUCCGUUGCCUGGUGGCCUUGGUGAGGAUCUGUUUGAGGCGCUGGAUGAUGAUGACAUAACCACAGGUGACAUCAAUGACAUCUUGAUGUGGACGGACAGCCCUCAGAGUGGAGGCAACUCACCCCACCACUCCCAACCAUCUAGUCCCGGGAUGUCUUUCAAGCUCUCUUCCUCAUCCCAUACUGGACUGAGCAGAUGUGAGAAUCUCUUGACCGAGAGCCAUGAUGAGACUCUACAACUCCUUCAGCAACCUCUAGCCCUUGGAUAUUACGUGUCCACAGCUAAGACAGGCCCCCUGCCAAUUUGGUUUUGGUCGUCAUGCCCCCAGCUCCAAAAUACAUCUCCAAUAUUCUUAAAAUCUGCCCUUCUUAUUAACAUCCCUUUCAUUCAACAAAGCAAUGAUGAUCUUCUUCACAACAAUCCUCAGCAGCAGACCAUUUGUCAUCCGCUUGACUCAAAUUACACUACAGAUGUCUUGAGGUAUGUGUUAGAAGGUUACAAUGCCCUGUCUUGGCUGGCUCUCAAUUCAGACUUCCGUGACAGAAGGUCGUGCCUCCCGGUUCACAUGCAGAUGUUGAUGCAAUUAUAUGGCUUUGUCGAGGCCAUCUUGUGAUCCCCCCCUCAUAAUGGUGAUAUUUAGAGAGAGAUAUAAUCUAUUGUAAUGUUGAGUGUGUACAGAACUAUACUUUUAAAAUAUUUUUUAAACAAAAGUAUUUAAUUUUAAAGGAGAUUUUAUAUCUUGUGACUUUAUAUUGCUGUUGAUGUUUCAAAUAAUGUAUACAGAGUAUAUUUUAAAAAAAAAAAAAAAUGAACCUUGCAAGUCUUUUGUUUCCCUCUCCUUUCUUUUGUUUUUAAAGGCUAAGUCAUGUAAAUGCGUAGUAACUCCCCUUAUUAUAUGAUGUUGUAUAUUGAAAGGAACUCCUAUUUUAAUGCUAAUGAUAAAAGCAUUUUUUGGGGAAUUGAAAAGAACUUUGUUGAAUAUAUAAUAAUGUUUUAGAGCCUUUCGCAAUUCUGUGCAAUUUUAAACUAU